GGACUCUGUUCGCUUUCUGAAAAAAGCAAGACGACACACACUUCCUCAUUGAUAAGACGGUCUCUCCUACGUGGACUACAUCAUAACCUAAGGAUUACUUUAACCCUCCGUUUGUUCAUCAGGAAUAACCGCCUUUCAGUAGGCUACUUUCGCUAGCUACUAGAAAAGACAAAGGGUGUUUCCGGAAGAUUCAUUAUCAGAUUUAUUUGUCGUGAAUAAGAAGCCAAACAGUUCAACAGUUUGACCUCAACAUGGAACAGGUGAUGCCCCUGUCAGCUGGCUUUCGCUCUUCAUUAAAACGUCAGACUGCCUUUGACAUGUUUGAACAUCCCAUGUCAUUGUUCUCCGGAUACCACCUGGCGGGUGCUGAAGAGCAGUCGCUCCAAGAGGUGCCCUCCGGGCUGGACUGUGUCACACACGCAGACAUGGAGCCAGGUACUGUACCGCUGCUCACUCCGUGUAGUAAAGCAGUCAUGAGCCAGGCACUGAAGGACAGUUUUAAUGGCUUUGCAAAGGUGAAGCACAUCUGUGGAAUCGCAAAUGACCCGCACAAGUGGAGCAGGCAGCACGUCAUGAAGUGGUUGCACUGGGCCUCUACUGAGUUCAGCCUCACGAAUGUGAACUUCUUCAAGUUUGACAUGAAUGGCCAAGAGCUUUGUGACCUUGGAAAAGACAACUUCCUGGAGCUAGCCCCUGACUUUGUCGGCGAAAUACUCUGGGAGCACUUGGAUCAGAUGAUGAAAGGGUGUCAUGAAAAGGUCAACUCAGCUGUCCGUGCUCAGGCAGUGCAAGCAGUCCCCAAAUGGAUUAGCAAAGACAUUGUUGGCUUUGGUUUGGAGGAUGGUCUGUGUUCGUCUCAGGUGCCUGACAACAGCAGCUUACUGAGGGAGCUGUUUGAGGCUUCAGAUGAAACCUCAUUGGCAGCACUGACUCAGGAUCAGGAGUACUCCUUCACCAAACCCCAGCUGAGCACUGUGAAUAUCAGCUACAUCAACAACAGGCAGAUCUUCACAGGGUCUCCCAUCAGGCCUGGUAUCUCAAAACACAUUUCAUCCCAUGACCAAAGCUCAGUGGACAGUGUGGAGAGCUUUGACGGCGCUGAGUCCAUGCUGCGCUCGUGGGGCAGUCAGUCCUCUCUGGCAGACAUGCAGCGCGUUCCCUCGCAGGACAGCUUUGAUGAUGAGUACAUCACAGCUCCGUUUGGGAUGGGGAAGCAGGGCCUGUCUUUCAAAGACUACGUGCUGGAGAGGAACGAGCCCGUCGAGAAGGGCAAACCUGUCAUCCCUGCUGCUGUCUUGGCUGGAUUCACAGGGAGUGGCCCGAUACAGCUAUGGCAGUUCCUGCUAGAGCUCUUGACAGAUAAAGCAUGCCAAAGCAUCCUUAGCUGGACUGGCGAUGGGUGGGAAUUUAAGCUCAUCGACCCUGAUGAGGUGGCUCGGCGCUGGGGACGGAGGAAGAACAAGCCGAAGAUGAACUACGAGAAACUCAGCCGAGGUCUGCGCUACUAUUAUGACAAGAAUAUUAUCCACAAGACGCCUGGGAAACGCUACGUGUACCGCUUCGUCUGUGACCUCCAGAACCUACUGGGCUACUCAGCGGAGGACCUGCAUAUUCUGUUGGGAGUUCAACCUGACACGGACGACUGAACACUGUGGAAUGUUUCUCAGUGUUGAGCCAAGUGAUGAGGUUUUUAAGACUCCACCUGGAGAUACAGCUUCUUGGGCACCUCCAUUUCAUAGUUUGGUGAGGUUCAUGGUUCUUGGUUUGAAGGUCACUGAGGGCAUGGUGGCAGGAGGUGCUGACUGAGCGGUUCUUUAUUUGAGGAGAGUGGACCUCAUGGAGGGAAAUGCAUUGCUCAGCCAGCUCUGACUCUAUAGGGCAACCCUGGCGUUUCAUUUACGCAGAUAACAGAAAUGGAUUUGAGGUGAUCGAGUAAUGUCUCAAAUACUUAUGCACUGAUUGUGGUUAUCACUGUAAAAUUGUAAUUGCUAAUUUAAAUGAGCCACUGCCUAGUGGUGGACACCUGGUGGUGAUUAUUCUCCAUGUCAGAUGUCUGGAGGCUGUCUUGAUGACGAAUAAGUGAUCUUGGCGUAACAGCACGGCUAUUUGAAAUAUGUGAUGUUGUUUCCUGCAGUGUGAAUGUGUAAUUGUGUAUUUGGUUCUCUUAAACAGUUUAUAAGUUUAGUGUGGGUGUGCCGUCAACCCAACACUCUACUGGCCUGUUGUAGUCUGAGGAGUGUGGCACUUUUCAUCUCUAGCCAGGUCACUGCAUGGUCUCCUGAGACUGAUUGCAUAUAGUAUGGCCUUACAAUAGGUCAGUGCUUUAAAGUGGAUGCCUUGUUAUUUCUGUAUUUGACUGUGUUUUAAUGAUCUUUGGGGGAAUGUAGCCAAUUCACUGAAGCAUGACUGCCACCAUGUUUUAUUGCUCAGGCCAAAGUGAUAUGAAUGUCUAGUGUCUGUUUUUCGGAUUGCAUUUUACUGUUUUUAAAACCUUGUACCAAAGCUGCUUGUCACGUUCAGCACAUGGUGUUCAGACAGGUUUGAGAAAUAUUUCAUUGAAACCUAAAACAUGAACUGUGCCUCAGAUGACCGGUUACUAUACUGCUCUAAGAUGUGUUUGUCCUUUUUAUCUAGAAAAAAAACUGGCUGGAGAUUUGCUGCUUUGCUUUAAAUAGGAUUUUUGUAUACGUGCAAUUUUCUUGACUACAGAAAUGCUUUUAUCUGAUAGUGAGCAUUAUGUGGGAUUGCUAAAGCAAUGAUUCUUAACCUGUUUCUAGUACUACAUUAAUCUACUACACAUUUGCAUGUAAUAUCUUACGCUUGGAUGCAGUUUAUUUAUCUAUGUUGUUGCAGAUGUGUUGGACUCCAUAGAAUGUGCUAUGGAUGUAUUACUAAGUGCAACCAGUCCAAUCUUUUAAACUUUUUAAUUAACUGAUGCAUCUGUCUCCGUAAAUAACACAUCUAUUGUUUAUCCACUUGACACUGUUUACACUGUUUACACUGUUUACACUUAAACAAAAGCUGAACUAGCUUAAUGCUGUGUUUUUAUAAAGGAACUAUUUUUAUAUGAUCUGUUUUAUUAUCCUGUGCGUGUAAAACAUUGGAAUAUUUAAUAAGACUUUUGUAGUUUGAUCAGGAAGUGGUGUAACAGAGGAAGACAGAGUUAUUCUGCAGAGCUUUUAUUUAUUUUGUCUUACUAAAUGUGGGCUUGUGGCAGAAUCCCUAUAUUACAUGACUAUCUGUUUUACAGCUGUAGUUCAGUGUAGUGAGAUUAGCUUUACCUUGUAUUGUCAACUGUCAUGUUGUGUAUAAUGCAAUUCUUUUGAAAGUAAUUCUAGCCUGUACCCCUGUGUGAACAGAAGCCAUACUGUACAGCUCCAAUUGUGAUUAAAAACGUAUUAUUUUAUGACA